AUGCUGCCAUAUAUUGUAUUCACUGCUGGACUGGCAACUAAUGAGAUUGUCAGUUUACGUGUCUACCCUGUAAAGUCUUGUCGUGGAUUGGAAGUCAAGUCUGCUCAGCUCUUCCGAACUGGUCUAGACUUGGACCGCAACUGGAUGUUUAUCUCAGCGGACACCCGGGAAUUUUUGACUAUCCGGACAAAUUCUAACAUGACGCUUCUUCGAACUGCUUUCGACGCCGAUACGGAUCAACUUUCUAUUUUUACCAAACAGCAUAAAAUCCAAAUCCCCGCGCAUCCAACAUCUGACUGGCUUCAGGAUAACACGGAAAUAACGAACGUCCGCAUUUGGGGUCAGGAAACAGAUGCUCGGGAAUACCAUACCUCUUUGACCCAGCCAUUUUCAGACUUUCUAGAUAUGGACGUUCGCCUGGUGUACAAGGGUCCGACACCUCGUGUGCUGCGUGGCUGCGGAGCUCCUGAGUUCCUGGGGCGUACUGAGGCUACUAAGUUUGCUGACAUGAUGCCAGUUCAGGUUGCUUCCAUGUCCAGUUUGGGGGAGCUCAACGAACGCCUUGUUCAAGCGGGAGAAAGUGAGGUUGAUAUCGAGCGUUUUCGGCCAAAUAUUAUUAUUCGGGGUAGCGCGCCCUGGGAUGAGGACCGGUGGAAGACUUUGCGAAUAACCAAUAGUUAUGAAAGACCACUGGAUCUAGACGUGGUAUGCCGCUGUCUGCGAUGCCAUGUACCGAGUGUGGAUCCUGAUACAGCCGACACGCACCCACGACAACCGUGGAAUCAACAUAUGAAAUAUCGGCGAAUUGAUCCAGGGCUCAAAUUUAAACCAGCCUUUGGGAUGCUCUGUGUACCAAGAGCGGAAGGUCUGGUUGAAGUGGGAAUGAAGCUCAACGUCACAGCUAUGACUGACGAUCAUUUCUUCAUUAACCCGAUGAAGUGA